AAUUUCAAAGGUAUAUGUGUAAUCUGCAAGGCCAUGUUAUCUUUGCACAACAUCAAAGAUGUCAUACGAUGUCACCUGUGUGAUACACCUGUCCCUCUUCUGUACUGUGACGUUUGUCAUAUCAACCUAUGUAAAGUAUGUGCUGCAGAUCAUCUCUUGGACGAUUCGCUGGAACAUAAAGUGGUGCCAAUUAAGCAAAAACAUUCGUCUCAUUUGUAUCGUAAAUUGACGACUGAUGCCAAAAAUCAAUGUGAAAUGCAUAAUGAACAAUGUGAACUAUAUUGUAAACAAUGUGACGUUCCAAUUUGCAGCUGUUGUUCAUUAUCUAGUAAACAUUUAGGGCACGAUAAAUUUGGUAUAAUUGAAGCGUUUAAAAGCAAAACAGACGACCUACAAAGAGAUUUGCAAGAGUUAGAAAAAAGAUUGCUCCCAAAAUAUCAGGAUAUUGUCUCAAGUAUCAAAGUUCAAUAUGAUGAUCUUGAGACGAAAUCCAAAACUCUGAUAAAAGAUAUUCACAAACAAGGAGCAGAUUGGCAUAAAGAAGUUGACACUAUAAUCAACAGAAAAAAAUCUGAAGUUAGUGAAAUGCAAAACAAAAAUAUAGAUGCCCUAAAUAAACAGGAGUAUGAUAUCACUCUUAUUAUUUCUGAAAUAACACAGAUCAUUGGUGAUCUGAAGGAAUUGCUGGAAUCCAAGGAUGUUUACAAUGUGUCUGCAUACAAAUCCAGGAAUGCUGAAUUCAGAAGACUGCCCACCGAAAUCAAAUUUACCGUUCCACGUUUUAUUUCCGAGAAGAUAAACACAGAACUACUCUAUGAGCAAUUCGGCUCUUUGUCAGGGUCUCCCCUUACCACAGAAUUCGAAAUACCAAUACAGACCUCUCUAGCCAUGCCCUCCUCACCAGGAAAGCCUUUUCUAUAUGAUCCACAGAUAAUCGCAACUUUGGAAACAGGAUAUGACAACCUAAACCAUGUCACAUGUCUGAGUGACGAUGAAUUAUGGACACAAGGCAAUAGUAACACCAUGAAACUUUACGAUCUCCAAGGAAACUUACAACAGUCAAUCAAAACUAAAUCUGGAAAUAACCCUUACGACAUAGCUGUGACAAAGGAUGGAGAUUUAGCUUAUAUUGAUUCCAAAGAUAAAACUGUGAAUCUAAUUAAGAAAACAAAGAUGCAAAAAGUUUCAAGACCACGAAUGCGCAGAUGGCGAAAAAAGGACACACAAGAAAUACACAAAAUGAUUGAACUUAAGGAGUGGAAACCCCUUCGUUUCUGUAUUACCAAUUCCGGCGACUUCCUGAUUACCAUGACACGUGAUGAUAAACAAGAAACAAAAUUGACGCGGUACUCGGGAUUUACAGAGAAACAAAAUAUUCAAUUUGAUGACAAUGACCAGCCUCUCUAUUCAUAUGGUUCUUACAUUGUAUAUGUAAGUGAGAAUAGAAACCAAGAUAUAUGUGUUGCAGACAAUAAAGCCAAGACAGUAGUUGUAGUUACUAAAGCUGGUAAACUAAGAUUCAAAUACACUGGUCCUCCUGCUAAUGCAAUUUCCAAGGAGUCAUUUGACCCAAUUGGUAUCACUACAGACAGUCAGGGGCGAAUUCUGACAGCAGACCAUUGCAACCAUCGUAUCCACAUCAUCGAUCAGGAUGGACAGUUCCUCCGCUACAUUGACAACUGUGAUUUUCGCUAUCCAUGUGGUUUAUGCACUGACACAGCAGACAACCUCUUUGUGGUCGAGUUUGUAAGAGGUCAAAUUCAGAAGAUUAGAUAUUACAUGUAGAGAAAUUUAUCAAAAUUAUCAACAGUCUUAUUAUUGCCGUUUCCAGAACGAAAGGAAUGAAAAGAAUAAUAAAUAGUACAAAUUAAUCAUUGAUCUGGAAUGUUUUACACCAUAAAAUUAACUUUCUAUAAAUGUCAAUAAUAAUAUUAAUGUAUUUCAUAUAUCAAAUUGAUUUUUCUGAAAAGGUAUGUAUACUAAUCCAGGUUAAAUUUUCAAGCCCGCUGCUUGCUUUAUUUGUCUUAGUUCUGUAUGUGGUCCAGAAGCUGUGUGACAGGUCAUAUAUUGAUGAAUUGGUUUCCAGCAUUUAAUAGAUACAUUUCAGAAAUGGUAUUUAUGUGUCUUUUGUAUUGUUGUAAAGAUAUUGACUAGUGCAAUAACAAACCACUCUAAUGGUAACGAAAUUGCAAUAAAGUAAGUCGC